AUGCCUGAUAAUGUCCCUAAUGCCACAGCUCAAGAAGGAAACAACAGUGUCAUUUAUGACACUUCUCAUCCUUAUUUCCUUCAUGUUUCUGAUGCCUCAGGCAUGCUCCUGGUGAAUACACCUUUUGAUGGAAGAGGCUAUCUUGGCUGGAGAAAAUCCAUUCUCAUCUCCCUCUUAGCUAAAAAUAAGUUGGGAUUCAUAGAUGGAGCUUGUUCAGAGCCAACACAAACUGAUUCAACUCUGAAAGUAUGGAAUCGUUACAAUGAUAUGGUAACCAGUUGGCUUCUCAACUCCCUCUCUAAAGACAUUGCUGACAUUGUUCUAUACUCCAAGACAGCCAAGGAUCUAUGGUCAGAUCUGGAACACAGUUGUGUGUGUACUUGUGAAGGAAAGAAGAAAAUGAUUCAGUUUAAGGAAGAUGAGAGGCUCAUUCAAUUCCUAAUGGGAUUGAAUGAUACCUAUGCACCAGCAAGAAGUAAUAUUCUCAUGAUUACCCCUUUGCCAUCUAUCAACUAUGCAUACACUCUUCUUAUGCAAGAUCAAAAUCAAAGGGAAGUACAUGUCACUUCACAAUUUCCAGCUGCAACUCACAGGGCUGCAAAUUAUAGUUCCAAGGCUAGUACAUCUUACAGAGGCAAGAAACAUACUCAGUUUUGUACCUAUUGUAAAAUGACUAACCACUCUAUUGAGAAGUGUUACAAACUUCUAGGUUUUCCUGCUGAUUUUAAAUUCACUAAGUCUAAAAACUAUCAAGGAAAUGCAAGAGGCAACUCUAUAUUUUCCACAGAGCAGCAAAAAGGAAACCUGCAGGACCUGAAUACUGCAAAUCAUGUGGAACAACAACUCUCAACUGAUCAGCUCACUCAGCUCAUGGAUCUCUUAAAACAUAUGCAAUCUGGACAAACUAGUGGAACUGAUGUCAAUGCAAAUUCAGCGGCUGAGAUGUUCAGUUUUAUGAACACCUCUUUAAAUCCUUUUGCUUCAUUUCCUAAUACUAAUCUAACUACUGCCUUUCCACCUAUCUCAAAUAUAUAUUCUGAUCAUCUUACAGAUGAUUCUUUAUUUUCACCUCCUCUCAAUCAGCAGACUCCUACUUCUUCUUCUACUAGUGACACUACUCCUAUUAUUAAUCCUAUAGAUAGUCCUCAACCAUUAUCAUCACUAUCUCCUCAUCAAAAUCCUGAAAAUGUUCAGCCUGACUUACCUCAUCCCAUACCUACUCAACCAUCACCAUCUACUUCACAACAUCCUGUAAAUGUUCCGCCUGAUUUACCUUUUCCCAUACCUAUUCCACAAACAAUUCAACCCAAUCCACCUAGAAGAUCUGGUAGACAGAAUAAGGGGACUUUACCACCUUACUUACAUGAUUACAUUUACAACAACAUUUUUGUCACUGAUCUUACUGAUACUUGCUUUACAUCAACUCCUACUUCUCCAAUUUUUUCUUUUACUUCUUUAUCUUCUCAAAACCAGAACCUACUCCUUUCUGUCUCUAAAAUAAAAGAACCAACACACUACACCUGUACACAUCCAGGGUGGUCAGGGGAUUCUAUUUCAAUAGUGGCUGUUUAUGUGGAUGAUAUUCUUAUUACUGGGGAUAACUAUGCUGAAUUAGCAGAUUUAAAGUCAUUUCUUCAUUCGGAGUUCAAAAUUAAAGAUCUUGGCCUAAUUCACUACUUUUUGGGCAUGGAAAUCCUGCGAGAAAAACAAGGAUUCAUAGUUACUCAAACGAAAUUUACAAAGGAUUUGCUUACUAAGUUUGAUUGUACCAAUCUUCCUUUUCGACCUUGCAUUUCUCAUUUUAAAGCUGCUCUUCGUGUUCUUCAAUACAUCCAAUCUAACCCAAAUCAGGGUAUUCUUCUCACUUCUAACCCUUCUUUCAAACUUUUAACUUUUUGUGAUGCCGAUUGGGCGAGUUGCAAGGAUACUCGGCGAUCGAUAAGUGGGUUUUUUAUUAGUUUGGGUGGAUCUCCUAUCAGUUGGAAGUCGAAAAAGCAAGAUUCCAUUUCACUAUCUUCAGCGGAAGCUGAAUAUAGAUCCAUACAAAGACUUGUUGCAGAAAUUAUCUGGCUUCUUAGUCUGCUCAAAGAUUUAUCAAUGGAGGUUUCAAUUCCGGUUCCCAUUUUCUCUGAUAGCCAAGCUGCUAUCCAUAUUGCUCGGAAUCCGAUUUUCCAUGAACGGACGAAGCAUGUUGAAUUGGAUUGCCACUUCAUCCGCCAACAAUUCAUGUCCAGCUUGAUUUCACUGACAUUUGUCCCCUCAAAAUCUCAACUUGCAGAUGUUUUUACGAAAUCUUUGUAUGUACCUCAGCUUCGUUCCAUUCUUGGCAAGUUGGGUGUCUCUGCUUUCCCCUCCAACUUAAGGGGGAUGUUAGGAGAAAGGAACCUCAGCUACAAUUGA